ACGCAGCGGGGCCGGGCGCGGGGGCGGCGGCAUGGCGCAGAGGCGGCAGCGGGCGCGGGUGCAGGGCGGCUGGGCCAGCGCCCCAGCGGCGAAGCCGGCGGGCACGGCGGCAUCCAAGGGACCAGUGGCCAGCAACCUUUGCCCUGCAGGUACCACACCAGCAUGGCUGAGGAAAGGUCAGCCUUGCUCUCAAAAGCACUUUGUCUUUGAGAAGCCAUCAGAGGUGGAGCGCAGAGUUCCAGAGACAGGUGUGAUAGACAAGCCUGGUGUGUAUGAGCUCAGCAAAGCACCCACUGGCAUUUCCAGGGUUCAUUUGGUCCCUGGCUUUAUUGACUCGCAGCAAGCAGACUGGAUAUUUGAACAGCUCCUGCAGGACAUCCCCUGGGGGCAGCGAGCUCACAUCAGACAGGGAGUAUCUUUUGAAGAGCCAAGGCUUACCUGCUGGUAUGGGGAGCUCCCUUACACCUACUCCAGGAUAACCAUGCAGCCCAAUCCAAAUUGGCAUCCUGUGCUGAACAUGCUGAAGGAGCGGAUUGAGUUGUUCAGUGGCUACACCUUCAACUCCCUGCUCUGCAACCUCUACCGUGAUGAGAAGGACAGUGUUGACUGGCACAGCGACCAUGAGCCCUCGCUGGGGACAAACCCUGUCAUUGCCUCCCUCAGCUUCGGUGCCACCAGGAACUUUGAGAUGAGGAAGAAACCCUCCCAGGAGGAGAAUGGCGAUUACAGGUUCGUGGAAAGACUGCGAAUCCCACUGGAUCAUGGCACUCUGCUGAUGAUGGAAGGAGCUACCCAGGAGGACUGGCAACAUCGAGUGCCUAAGGAAUACCAUUCGAGAGCUGCCCGGAUCAACUUGACCUUCAGGAUCAUUUACCCAGAACCUGAUGGAGUUUGGAAGUGAAUAGGUUCUUGGGGCAUUGUUGGAUAUCAACCUACAGCAGAUCCAGAGCUUCAGGUGGUUAGUGGAAGCCCUAGAGGCAUGGGUUCCUGUGGAAUAUUUGACAUGGAGAAAGGUCCCACAUUAUGAAGACAAUCGGAAGCUGCCUGUAUGAUGGGGACAGCUUUGUUUUCAGGUGACACUAAAAACACUUGAGGCUGCUGAAAAGAAGCAGGGAUUGUUCUUACAGGAGCACCCAGAGCUGAGGUAGCUCUCAGAUAGAUACUUUCUGACUGGAGCAUGAGGGUCCAGUGAGAAAUUGGCCACCUUUUUUUACCACCCAGGUAAGGACCUAAGUAAGAAGACCACCUCUGCUGGCUCUAAAUGUGGUACCUGGAUGUCACAGGCAGCCAAACAGACCCCAAAGAGACUCAAUAAAUCUAAUUGCUAAUAAA